UCUAAGUUAGCAAUUUGAAGCAAGAGAAAAUAAGCAAAUUAAAAAAAUGGGAUUGGGAUCAAACUUUGUGGUACUACCAUUGUCGUUAUUGUUGGUGUCAAUCGCUACUGCUGCGCCUGCUAAACCCGCUGCUCCUACUGGUGGUGCUGGUGGUGUUUUCGAUGUCGCAAAAUAUGGUGCCAAACCUAACGCUGAUAUUACUCAGGCAGUGGCAAGUGCAUGGAAGGAAGCAUGUGCAUCGACUAGUCCAAGUAAAUUGUUGAUUCCAAAAGGAAGUUACCAAUUAAAGGGAGCCAGCUUCAGAGGCCCUUGCAAGAGUGCCAUUGACAUUCAGGUUGAUGGAACAUUACAAGCUCCGCCCCACCCAAAAGGAGAAGGGUGGAUUAUGUUGGAAUAUAUUGAUCAAUUGACAUUGUCGGGCACUGGAGUUUUUGAUGGCCAGGGAAAAGCAGGUUGGGAAAAGAAUGACUGUCACCUAAAGAAAAUAUGUACCAAGCUCCCCAUGAGUUUGAAGUUCAAUUUCGUCACUAAUUCAGUAGUGAAGGACAUAACUUCUUUGGAUAGUAAGAAUUUCCAUAUCAAUCUUUUGGGCUGCAAGAAUGUUACCUUUCAACAUGUGACAAUUAGUGCACCAGACCAUAGCCCCAAUACCGAUGGAAUUCACAUAAGUAGUUCAGAAAAUAUUAACAUUCUGAAUACAAAUAUAGGAACCGGGGACGAUUGUAUUUCUGUGGGAGAUAGUAACUCACAAAUAACUAUCAGCGAUGUGACUUGUGGACCAGGACAUGGCAUUAGCAUUGGAAGUUUGGGCAAGUACAGCAAGGAGAAAGAUGUGAUUGGAGUUUUUGUAAAAAAAUGCAAAUUAACUAGUACUACGAACGGUGUCAGAAUUAAAACAUGGCCAGAUUCUGCUGGUGCAUUCAUAGCCUCUGACAUGCACUUCGAAGAUAUUGAAAUGGUUAAUGUUAGCAAUCCUGUCAUUAUAGACCAAGAAUAUUGUCCAUGGAACCAGUGCAAUCGAAAGGUUCCAUCAAAAAUUAAGAUCAGCAAAGUCAGCUUCAAGAAUAUAAGAGGCACUUCUGCUACUCCGGUUGCAGUCAAACUUGUUUGCAGCUCAAGUAAUCCAUGUGAGGGUGUGGAAGUUGCUGAUAUUAACCUUACAUACAAUGGAAAACAAGGACCUAUCAAGUCUGAGUGUGCAAAUGUGAAACCUACCAUUACCGGACAGCAAAAUCCUAAAAUUUGCGCUAAAGUUGCCCCUCCCAAUGCUCCAUCAACUGAUUAAUUGUUUUCACAUCGACAAUAAUUUCAUUAGAAAAUCCUUUGCAGCUUAUUUUUUUCAUAGCAUUUCUCAUUCUUUUUGAGGUUCUUUAAUUAGGUAUGCUCCAUUUCAUGCAUACAAUGGACCACGCUCAAUAAUUGUAUUUGUAUUUUUCAUAGUUAAAUCAAAGCUCUCGUUAU